CAUGGAAGUGUCCGCGGACUGGCCGGCGCUGCCCGGCGCCGAGGACGACUUCCACAGCCGGUUCGCGGCCGAGCUCGAGGUGCUGGCCGAGCUCGAAGCACCGCAGGCCAAGAGGCCGAGGCUCGAGGUGGUCAAGAGACUGGACUUCCAGGACAGUUUGGAGACGGAGGACCUGAGCCCGGACAUCACCCCGCCCCCGAGUCCCAGAGCCCUUGCCCAGCAGGGCCGCGACGGGCUCCAGGGUGCCCGCAACCCUGUACUGAGAAGACCCCCAGUCCUGGAGGACUACAUCAGCGUGACGUCCACUGCUGGCCACCGGGCCUUCCUGCUGCUACGGCCAGACCCCAUGGGCAUGGGCACUCAGGGACCUCGCCUGGAUGUCCCGUGGCGUGGCUCUGGCCAACUGGGCCUUUUGGGGGUGGCCUUUGCCUCCCUGAAGGAGCAGGUGGACAAAGAGCGGCAACAGAAGCUGCUGGCAGAGGCUUCGCAGCUUUCAGACACAUUGGGCAGCCUUAGGGCAGAGCUGGAGGAGGAAGCUCCAGAGGAGGAACCUGCAGAUCCUGGGGACACAGAGCAGCACUGCCUGUGGGUGGACGCAUUCGCCCCCAAGCGCUACACAGAACUGCUCAGUGAUGAUUUUACCAACCGCUGCCUCCUCAAGUGGCUGAAGCUGUGGGACCCGGUGGUCUUUGGCCGAGACAGGCCUGCCCGGAAACCCAGGCCCACUGGGGAGCCUGCCCGGGCCAGCAAGGAGGCCCCAGGUGCCACAGGCAGGUGGAAGAGCCAUGAUCAGGCCCUGGAGGAGAUGCUGGAGGCUGAGCUGGAGCCAAGUGGUCGGCCGCGGCAGAAGGUGGCACUGCUGUGCGGACCCCCUGGGCUGGGCAAGACCACCUUGGCACAUGUGAUCGCUCGGCACGCAGGGUACUGCGUGGUGGAGAUGAACGCCAGUGACGACCGAAGCCCUGAGGCCUUCCGCACACGCAUCGAGGCAGCUACACAGAUGGAGUCGGUGCUGGGCAGCGGCGGAAAACCCAACUGUCUGCUUAUUGAUGAGAUCGACGGCGCCCCCACGGCCGCCAUCCUAGUUCUCCUGGGUGUGCUGGACCGCAAGGGCCCACCAGAGGCGGAGCCUGGGGCCGCAGCCGGGACUGCAGGAGCAGGGCGGCGUCGCAGGGCAGAGGGCGGGCUCCUGAUGAGGCCCAUCAUCUGCAUUUGCAAUGACCAGUUUGCACCCUCCCUGCGGCCACUGAGGCAGCAGGCCUUCCUGCUCCAGUUCCCACCUACGCUGCCCUCCCGGCUGGUGCAGCGACUCCAGGAGAUAGCCUUGCGACAGGGCAUGCUGGCUGACCCUGGUGCCCUGGCUGCCCUCUGCGAGAAGACGGACAAUGACAUUCGUGCCUGCAUCAACACACUGCAGUUUCUGCACGGGCGAGGCCAGCGGGCACUCAGUGUGCGGGCAGUGCAGGCCACACAGGUGGGCCUCAAGGACCAGCGCCGGGGGCUCUUCUCUGUGUGGCAGGAGGUCUUCCAGCUGCCACGGGCACAGAGGCGUCCCGUGGGCCAGGACUUGGCCUUGCCCAUUCACACGCCAUGCGGGGACCCCCAUGGGGCCCAGCCACUCACAACUGUGGCCGAGCAGCGGUUCCACCACGUCCUGCGUUUGGCUGCCAGUGCAGGCGAGCACGACAAGGUGGUCCAGGGUCUUUUUGACAAUUUCCUGCGCAUGCGGCUCCGGGGCCCUGGCCUGGGUACAGUGUGUGCUGCCCUGGACUGGCUGGCCUUCGAUGACCUGCUGCAGCGAGCAGCACUGCACGGCCAGAGCUUCCAGCUGCUGCGCUACCCCCCCUUCCUGCCCGUCGCUUUCCACGUGCUCUUCGCCUCCAGCCACGCGCCCAGGAUCACCUUCCCCAGUAGCCAGCAGGAGGCCCAGAGCCGGACAGCCCGGACACAGAACCUGAUCCAGACGCUGGUAUCGGGCAUCGUGCCAAGUACCCGCAGCUGGGCCAUGCCACAGACCCUGGUGCUGGACACACUCUGUCUGCUCUUAGACAUACUGGCGCCUAGACUGCGUCCUGUAAGCACGCAGCUGUUUAGCACACGUGAGAAGGAGCAGCUGGCCAGCCUUGUGGGCACCAUGCUGGCCUAUAGCCUCACCUACCGCCAGGAACGCACACCCGAGGGGCAGUAUGUGUACCGGCUGGAGCCGAACGUGGAGGAGGUCUGCCGCUUCCCGGAGCUGCCUGUUCGCAAGCCACUCACCUAUCAGGCCAAGCAGCUCAUCGCCCGCGAGGUUGAGGUGGAAAAGAUGCGGCGGGCAGAGGCCCGGGCCAGGGCCAGCGUCCAGGUGAGCGGGGGUGUCCCAGGAGCAGAGAACGUGCUGGACAGCGCGAGGGAAAAAGGGGUGCCGUCCCCUGUUGGCCUCAGCCGCGAGCCUCGUUUGGAACAGCGGCUGGAAUGCAUCCUGCAGAGAGCAGCCCUGGAGGAGCAGCCCGAGAGGGACUUCUUCGGUCGUGUCAUCAUCAAGAGAACUGCCCCCCUGCGCGCAGAGGACUCGGCCCCUGAGACAGAGUCAGCAGAGCAACGCAUGGGCACAGCUGUGGGCCGUAGUGACGUCUGGUUCCGCUUCAAGGAGGGGGUGUCCAACGCUGUGCGACGCAGCCUGUAUAUCAGGGACCUGCUGUAGC